AUGUCUGUGGUAUGCACGCGGCCUUUUCUUGCAAGAUGCCAUUCGCUACGAGGACGCCGGCGCCUCCUUCGCCGAGGCGGGCCAGUGCUUGGAGGAGGCCUUGCGCCGGGGAGACCGUGGGCCGCUAGCAGAGGCAUCGCGGCGCUUCUUCAUGGUCUGCCUCACCUACCAGAGACGGUUUUUGGAAGCCUUGCGACUGGGAGAGGAGACGUUGCAGCUCUUCCGCUCCGCCUCUGUCCUUCGGCUGCUGGGCGAAGUUCGAAACCAGCUGGGCCUGCAAUUGGCCACAGAGGAGCCGCAGCGAGCGGCCGCCGCUUUCCACGCAGCGCAGUGUCACUUCGCAGAGGCAGAGGACUCGGCUCCGGGCUCACGACGAACUUCAGGUCCGACGCCUGUGGAGGCUAUCCGCAAAGCUACACGAGCUGGGCGCUCUCUUACACGAUGUUGGGGGACCUGUCUGGCGCCGAGCAAGUCGCGCUCAAGGCCGUGCAGCGCUGCAGUGGCUUUUGGGUGCAUCCGCUGCAACGACCUGGCCAUUUCGUGCCUGGCCUCACGUCCAAAGCUUGGCACGAGGCGCAGCUGUUUCCCUGGAUGGCCAAGUUAGAGCUGCACUGGCGCGAGAUCCGCGAGGAAUUGGAGGCCCUGGAGGACGGCGAGUCCUGGCCAGAGGUCCGAGGGCACGACCGCAACCUGGCAGGAGGGACCGGCAUUUGGCGCGAGUUCUCCUUAUUGGGACUUUCUGCCUCGUUGGAUGACAUGGCGAGACGAAGCUGUUCAAAGACGACUGAGCUUCUCGAGGAGGUGGAGGCCGUGCGCAGCCACCGGGACCUCUGUCCGGGCGAGGAGACGGCGCUCUUCUCCCGCCUGACGCCUGGCACGCAGCUCAAGCCUCAUUGUGGGCCGAGCAACCUACACCUGACCUGCCACCUCGGCCUGAAGGUGCCGGCAGGUUGCGCCAUCCGGGUGGGCCAUGAAUGGCGCGCCUGGGAGGAGGGCCGAUGUUUGGUCUUCGAUGACUCUUUUGAGCAUGAGGAAGCUGGGAACUCCUGGAUGACGUCGGAGGAGGGGUCGUUAGAGGAUACUGCGACGCAAGGGACUGGACGCUGCGCUGAUGUGAAAGUUGUCGAAAAGGGUGCUGCCAUGGCUAUCGUUUGUCUACUGGCUGCACCUUCGCUGGAAGCCAGUCGACUUCUUUUGCAUGGAGAGGGCCAGAUGAUUGGCAGCUGGUUCCAGGCAGCUUUGUGCCCAUCCCGAACUUUCCGGAGGUGCAGGCAGGACCAGUAUGUGUCUGGCGCUGCGGUUGACUUUGCGAUCUGGGAGUACAUCACUGUUGGCAUGAAGCUCCGCCGUUUGUUCAGCCCGUCUUUGUCCGCAAGCCGGUGUGACCUGGCUGAAACAAGUUUCAAUCCGGCCCAGAUGUGCGAGAACAUCGUCAGCUUUCGUUUUCGCGCAACCACCCCGGCCAGCCCCGUGGACCUGGCGCGAUGGAGGGCCGAGUCCAACCAGGCCUGGCUUCUCCAGGUGGACAGCCACGCAGGCACAGGCUGUGGACCAGAUGCAGAUCGCCUCAGUGCCGAGCUUGUAAGGUUUACGAACGAUGCGCACUUCAGAGGCUUCCUGCUCAAGGAGUCGCUUUCCAUGCAGGUGGUGCCGGAGCCCCAUGGAAACAUUCCUCGCCGGGCUAGCAUUCUGGAAGUCCGCUUCCGGAGUCAGAACACCCUGCGUUCACAGGGCUCCGGCAUCUUCGUGCGACUGGAAGCACCACUAGGUGUGGAGUUUGCCCUCGGCUGCCUGGCAGCGGUGCCAGAUCCGGAUUACGUGGGCUGCGAGGGAACUGGCCGACUGGCGGUUGCACAGCGAGCACAGGCUACCCUGGAGACCGGCCAGCAUACGCUCGUGCUUCGUGCGGUGAACCCGAUCCGCACACCCAGCUCCAACUGGUGGACAUUGCAGACCUUUGCGGAUGUCACAGCUGCUGCGGCCAGACUUGGCGAGUUUGCAGAUGUCAGGCAGCGUGGACGAGUCAUGGGCUUUCAACUCGCUCAAACUCUCCAUGCUACGAUACAGCCCAGCAGUCCGGAGGCGGAAGGUUCUGUUCAGCUCUUCUUGUGGCUCAGGCCUGCCAGCUACGUACCAGCAGGUGGGCGAGUGGAGAUCCAUGCCGGGCAGGCUUUCGAGCUGUCCUGCACGCCUUCUUUCGUCCUACUGUCUAUGCCUCCAGGAACCUGUGAAGCUCUGCAUGCGACCUCGGGACUGGAGUACACUGACGACCACGACAUCGUCGUGUUUCGCAUCGCUGAGGGGCACUUCCUUCUCCCGAACAACGAGUACGAGCUAUCUAUUUUCGGCAGGAAUGCGAGAACUCUGGAGGGAGUUGUCUCCACCCGCUGGGGUGUUCUCCUGCGCGACGACCGCCGCGAUGUGCUGGAAGCAAACAUGGAGAUCCCUUCUUACAACCUUACGGCCGUUGGGAUGCAAGCGCUUUCGCUGCAGCCAAGCGUCUCAGUUCCCUACGCGCGCAACGAGGUUCGCCUGCAGCUUGGCUUCCAGCAGAAGCUGUCUCUGGCCGCCAUCAGCGAGGUUCGCAUCGACGCGCCCAGCGGCUGGGAUUUCCGGCCCCUCUGCAACCUGUACUUGGAUGUGACUGGUGGAUGUGAGAAUCGCUGCUCCUUCCAGCUGCCUUAUUCAGAGGAGCGCGGGCAUCACAUCUGUCCCGAGGCCAAUGUACUCCUUCUGCUGCUCGACCAGUCCGCAGUCAUCGAGGAAGGCGUGUUCGUUCUGCUUCUUGGCGUGAUCAAUCCAGCCGCGGCGCCUGCGCAAAAUCUCUGGAAGAUCUCCUUGAUCAACAGCGCAGCUGCAACUGGCGACCCCGGCUCUGACAAGGUUACGACCUUGCUGAUCCCGGGCUUCUUUGUCGGUUUCCGCCAAUCCCUCCAACUGCCAGCCGUGCCAUUGACGGAUGAAGUGUUUCAGGCGCUUACAAGCAAGAGUCGGCAACCUCCGUGGAUUCUGGCAGCAGCCGCCGCUGUGGCUUCGGCAUGUUGCCGUGGAAGGAUGCUGUAG